AUGGAAAAGAGCGCCACCUCUGAGAGAAGGAUAGCUGUUGUGACCGGAGGAAACAAAGGAAUCGGUCUCGAGGUAUGCAGGCAGUUGGCCUCCAAGGACGUUGUCGUCGUCCUAACGGCGAGGGACGAGAAAAGGGGCACCGAAGCAGCGCGCCGGCUUCACGCGUCGGGGUUCUCCGAUGUGGUGUAUCACAACUUGGAUGUGAGUGAUCCGUCCAGCGCUGCCUGUUUGGCUGAUUUUAUCGAGAACAAGUUCGGCAAGCUAGAUAUACUGAUCAACAAUGCAGGUGUUAUAGGUGCAACUGCCGAGAUCGACACCACGACACCCCUUCAGGAUGUGCUUGCAGGCAAGAAUGCAACGGAGAGGCUCCAGUGGUUGCUACAGAACUCCACGGAAACUUACGAGGAAGCCGAAGAAUGCUUGAGAAUAAACUACUUCGGCACCAAAUAUGUGACGGAAGCACUGCUCCCUCUCCUUCAGGCCUCCUCUGAUGGAAGACUUGUCAACGUGUCGUCCAACUACGGAAUACUGAGGUAUUUCAGCGGUGAGGACCUCAAGCUGGAACUGAACAACGUCGAAAACCUGACAACACAGAGACUAGACGAGAUGUCAAGACUGUUCCUGAAUGACUACAAGAAUGGCCAGCUGAAAUCUCAUGGAUGGCCUGCCGAUGCAGAGUACUUAGCCUACAAAGUGUCCAAGGCCCUGAUCAACGGAUACACUCGUAUUAUGGCAAGGAAUUUCCCAGCGUUGCGUAUCAACAGCGUGCACCCUGGCUAUUGCAUGACUGACAUCAACUACGACACCGGAGAACUGACGGCGGAGGAAGGUGCCGGUAGCAUUGUCAUGGUGUCCCUCUUACCGGUGGGGGGACCCACUGGUGUGUUCUUCUACCAUGACGAAGUAGCACCAUUUGUGUAA